CGGCCCGCGGCGGAGGGAGGGGAGGCCGAGAGCUGGAAGCGGGGCUCCGCGCUGGGACUGGUUCCUUCGCAGCCAUUUUCUGUCCAACCAAACAGCCGAUUGGAGACGGGAGCCAACCAGGGCUGCAUUGGAGGUUGACGUUGGGCCAGGCCUGGACACCACUUCAGACAGCUGUUCUUGAGCUCCACUCACUGCACGGUUAUCCGGUAUUUCAUGACAAUGGAUGGCGACAGCUCUACCACAGAUGCUUCCCAGCUAGGGAUCUCUGCGGACUACAUCGGAGGGAGCCACUAUGUGAUCCAGCCACAUGAUGAUACUGAGGACAGCAUGAACGAUCAUGAAGACACAAAUGGUUCAAAAGAAAGCUUCAGAGAACAAGAUAUUUAUCUUCCCAUUGCCAACGUGGCUAGGAUAAUGAAAAAUGCCAUACCUCAAACAGGAAAGAUUGCAAAAGAUGCCAAAGAGUGUGUGCAGGAGUGUGUGAGCGAGUUCAUCAGCUUCAUCACGUCAGAGGCCAGCGAGCGGUGCCACCAGGAGAAGCGGAAGACGAUCAACGGGGAGGACAUCCUCUUCGCCAUGUCCACCCUGGGCUUCGACAGCUACGUGGAGCCCCUCAAGCUGUACCUUCAGAAGUUCCGGGAGGCCAUGAAGGGAGAGAAGGGGAUCGGAGGCGCUGUCACGGCCACAGACGGGCUCAGCGAGGAGCUCACGGAGGAGGCCUUCACUAACCAGUUACCAGCUGGCUUAAUAACUGCAGAUGGUCAACAACAGAAUGUUAUGGUUUACACAACGUCCUAUCAACAGAUUUCCGGAGUUCAGCAGAUUCAGUUCUCGUGAUCUGAAGGCACGGAGGAGGGAGCCGGAGCUCGAGUGUGAGAUUCUGGAUGAAAUGCCGGCAGGACGAGCAGAGAUGUCUUCUUUGUAAAUUAAGUAGCUGUAAUGUAGCUUCCUGAUGCUUGACUAAUUGAGGUGUUAAUUCUGACUUGAGAAUCUUUUUCAUGAAUGAUUUUAAAGAAAAUUUUGGAUUUUAAAGGUAUUAAAAUAUUUUUGUUUUGUAUGAGAGUGUUGCUCUGUAUGACGCCUGUAUGCAUUGUAUAUUGCAAUUUAUUACUGUCAGAGAUUUGUAGACAGUUUCUUAUUUUCAUAUUGAAUCAUGUUACUUUUGUAAUUCAAGUAAGCAGCUGGGUUAAUUCAUGAUGUUUACCCUUUUAAUAAAAAAUAAGGGUAGAGUUCAUUUUGAAUGCAAUUUGCCUUUAUUAUAAAUUUGAUUUGUCUUGGCUCUAUAAUAUCUUGCAUGAUAACCUAGCUAGAUUUUUAGCAUUUGCUGUAUUUAUUAAAGUUACUUUUUUGGUAAGACAUCAUAGUUUCAGCAGCACCAUUUUUUAUGAAAUGUCAUUGCCUGAGUGUGAACGUGGAAGCAAACACUGUCUACCCAGUGCCCGCUGGUCGGCUGGUGCUCUUCGUUACUGGAGCUGCUGUCGACUCUAGCCUUGUUUUCCAGCUGCAUCCCUGUGAGUGUUGGGCUCCAUUUCCAUGGUGUAGUCCUGGCACUCCUGAAACGGUGCCCCCUCUGUUUGGUGUGUUUUCCAGAGCAUACCCUAAGUAUUACCACAGCCUCUUCCAGAAGAGGGGCUUCAGAGUCUGCCGGUGAGCACCCUCGUUUCCUUUUGGUGGCAGCGCCAGGUUCCUGUGACGCCUCGGGGACCGGGAGGGUUGGCACCGUCGCCUGUACAGACCUUCUGCACAGACGCGCGAGCAGAGUGGAGGGAGUAUGUGCUGUGGGUGCUAUGAGGAACAAGCUGCCACCUGCUAGCGCGCUGUCUUGGUCUUUGCAAUGAACUCAACCUGGAUAAUGUCACUCUGUAUAAUUCAGCAGUAUGUACUUGGGUUGUUCCUUUGUUAAAGUGAGGAUUUGCAUUUUCUCAUCUGUUCUUUGUUUUUAAACUUAAUAUGGAAGGUGGCUGUUGUGUGGUCUGCCUAGGAGGAUGCUGGAGUGGCCGUCACCUUCCCCGAGCGGUCAGAACAGACAGCAUUGCAUUGCCUUGCCCCGCCCCGCCCCGCCCCGCCCCUGUGCAAAAUCCUCUGCAGAAAAUCCCGGUAGGAAAGGAAGGAAGGGCGGUUAAGCGGAAUCAGCACUCAUCCUACUAUGUUGAAAUAACCAGUGUUGAUAUUUUGAUAAUAUCAUUUGUCCUUUUACUUUGCAAAAUAUGUAUAUUUUUAUAAGAAUGGGCUCGUAUUGUGCAUACUGUUUUGUAACCGGCGUUUUUCACUCAACAAUAUAUUGUGAGCCUGUUUCCCAGGUCUGCCUAGUCUCCUGCAUCCUGUCUGUUGGUUUAUUAUUCUGUUGUACGACUGAAUCAUAAUUUAUUUGUCUUCUGGAGAUUUUGACUAUAUCUUUUCACAGUUAUAAAUGCCACUUCACCGAA